AUGCUAAGCCAACUUCCCAACCACUUUUCCUAUCUAUUUUAAAAUAAAAAUAACGUGGCUGCUGGAAAGAAAAAGCCUAUCUCGAAGGCUAAAGAAGAAGCAAAUGCUAAGGCUUUAACAAAAAAGAGAAAGGGAUAGGAGCAAUAAACUGCAAGUAAUCUUAAAUAAGAAGAACAGACUAUAUCUGAGUCAGCAAGCUAGAGCAUGGCAAAUAAUGUAAGCUACGCAUAGAAUUCCCAAUUCAAUUCUAUGAUAAUACAUGAUACUUAUUUCCAAAAAAAGGAAGAAAAGAGCUACUAAUAAAGUGAUUCUAAAAUGGAAUUAGAUGAUAUCUCCAGUUACUGCUAUCAAAACUUCAAUGUCGAUAACAAGUAUUUUAUGCAAUCAAAGACUUCUUUGAUUUAAUAAGAAGAAAUGGAAUAGUUUUAAAUGUUUGAACAAAAUGAUGAGAGCGAUAGGUUUAACGAUUUCUCAAUAAACUAAAGCAGUGAAAAUAAAUAGAAGUAAUCACAAAAAAUAAACAAUAAUAACUCAUCUAAGUAAAUUAAUUAAUUGAUCAAGUAAGGAAUCUCUUGUAUUAAUGAUGAGGCUAAUGAAAAAUUAAAUAAAAAAAAUUUAGAUCAAAAUAAAUUCUUAAUUCAGAAUUAGCCUCCAUCUGAAACUAUUAUCUGGAAAAGAGCAAAUUAAAUACAAACGAGAUACCAAACAAAGUAUCGUUAAGAAAGUAAAUUUAAUUUUGUUUUAUUGUAAGGGGAUUUGUGCUUUGAAAUUAAUGAAAAUAAUUGUAAUAAUUAAUAAUGCAGUUAUUUGCCUUUGUCUGCUUUUAAGCGCAUCAAUAGCAUAAGAAAAUAUCAUGAAGGUAAAAUUGAAGUCUAGCUGAUAACAGAUGUAAAAGUCUGCUAAGAAUUAUUUGCAAUUAAGAAUGAAGAUGAAUAAAAUGAAUAAAUGAAAUAAAACAACCAAUCUAUCAUUUAGUCUUAAAUAAAGGACUAUCAAGAGGAAAUAGAGUAAAAAAAAGAGUUCUUCUCAUAAAUCAAGCAUUCAUCUCCAACAAUUUUGGAAAAUUUAAAAAAUCAUGUAAACAUUAAAAGACAGUAGUCAUUAAACAAAAUCGAUUUCGAGCGCAAAUAUAUAUUUGCUGUUGAAAUUGAAAUGGAUGAGGAAGGAACUUCUUGCAUAAACAAGAUAUACUAUUCCAAAGAAUUUCUCUCAAUUAUGGGAUUACCUAACAAAGAUCCUAAAGAUUCGGCUUUGUUAGAAGCUUAUUUGUUUAAAAACGGAGUUAUAGAUUUAUAUGAGCGCAUCGGCUUCUAUGAUAAAAAGAAAGAAGAUUAAGGGAAAUUAAUGUGUUAAUACCUUUAAUCUCUUAGCCAGUCAUAAUAUACCUUAAAUACACUGGAUAAUCUUUCAAUAAAUAUUGCAAUUAAUCAUCGCGUAAUCAAUUUAAGUGAAGACUUUAUUUAAAUGUUUCCAGAUUUUGGAUCAAGUAUAUCAAAAGAAUAUCUCAUCGUGCAUGAGCUAGACAUUCCAUAUGAUUAAAUUAAACAAAUCGAAAACGAAAGAAAGUCAAUGGAAAAAGCUGGAAUUCCUUAUUUCUACACAAAAAAUAUACUUCCUAAUUACUUAUUAUCUAAAUACUACUCAAUUUCUGUAAAUUAAUCUUCUUCUGCUUGA